AUCUGGGUGGGGAGGAACACAGAGGCCUGGAAUCCUGUAAAAGUCUGUGAAUGAGACAUGGCAAAGGCACUGCAAAAUCCAGAACUGGGAGCAAGCAUCUUUACCCAGACCUCACAGAAUGGUAGUUUCCUGCUCUGCAUCUGUGUCCCUGCCAUCCAGCCAGAGUAAUGCAGGAAGUACAGUGUCUCCCACCCCACCACUUUCCUGCAAACUGGAUGCACCCCGGCCAAAAGCACAGCAUGCUUUGCGUUUGGCUGGUGAACUACAGCUCCCAAGGUGCAACAUGGCAGGGCGUGUCCUUCCUCGCUGCAGCAUCAGGACCAGCCACAGCAUCCUCCAGAGAGAUGCGGGCGCUUGGCAGAGGAAGGCGGCACCUAGAACAUCCCUGGCCCAGUCGCAUCCUGCAGCUUGUGCAGCCAGAUUCUUCUAAUUUCUGAUGGUUCCGAGUUUUGGGCCUCCACGAUCCAAAGCUUUCUGUCUGCAGGAAGGAGGAGGACCAACCCCUCUGAAUUGCUCUGGGGGGUGUGUUUCCCAGGACCUCUUCUUGGCUGGAGCUGAACCUCUAGCAGCAGCCAGGAGCCACAAACUUUUCCUGGGUAACAUUUUUAACUCUGCAAUUUGCCACCUCUGCCAGACGAGGCCGGCCUGCUGCCCCACCUCCCACUUGGGCUGCUUACUGCAGAGUCAGAUCGGCUUGCCAGCGGCUCGGCAAAAGACCUCUGGGUGGAUAGAACUGAGUCUGGACCUCUCUCUUUCUGUCUCUCUCUCUCUCUGUCUCUCUCUCUCUCUCUCUGCCUAUGCUGGAGGGAAGCAUCACAAGGGCAGGCAGGCAGACUUGAAUGGCACUGGUGCCAGGGCAGGCGUCAGAGGACUGCGGUCCGCUGGGAAUCCAUUGCUGCUCGUCCGGGAAUCAUUUUAUUCACUUCAUCUUUCUCAUCUGUCAGCUUUCUUCUGCAAUUUGUUUGUCUUCUUGGGGGCAAACUUGUUUCUGGCUGUUCACCCAUCUAUGGCCUCUCUGCCAGUGGCUGCUCUGAUCUGCUUUCUAUAGUUCCUGAUCCUGGGCAAGGAUGUUAGCAAGCCCAGCUCUGAAGAAAGACAGAGCAGUUCUUCCUUGUUUAAUUCUUCACCUCCCUUGCUUCAGCAUCUCUCAGCAGUUUGUGGGCCUAGCUCCAAGCGGAUAGCGUACACAUUCAACUUUCUUGCUACUCAGGCGUGGGCUGAAUCAAGGUGCAAAAGGCACGCAUUCUUUCGAUUUACAUGCGAUAUAGUAUGUGAUUGUCUGUGUAGAACCUGGGCGAUGCAUGGGCCACUGGACAGAUUUAACAUGGCAGACAAGGGGGCUAAGCUGGUGCUUGGGCUGAAGAGGAUUUCAGAGCAGCCUUCCUUCUGACUCAAACCCAUGGCAAGGGGGCAUAUCUCAGUGCUUUCUUUCGUUGAUGUUCUUAGUGCUUAGCCAGUGGCUUUUGAAGAAGAUAAGACUCCAAAGUUAGUAGUUAUGCACUGACUUGCAUGCUUUGUGGUCCCUCGUGGCAACUUUCUGAAAAAAUAAAAGGGGCUGGGUUAGAAUUGGAGCCUUCUAGACACCCCUCCAUCUUUCUCCCACUGUAUUCUUUCCUUUUAACCCUGAAUGUGUGUUGGUUGGCUGUGUUUGGACGGGGAAGAAGCACUCUGUGCAGGCUCAAAACACCUUUUUUGGUCUUCUGGGGUGGCAGUGCCCCAACCCUUUUCUACGUGUACAGACACCAACUGGGCAGCGAAUACCAUAACUGUGAAGCCCACAUUUUAAACUGGAGCAGUUUCCAGAAGCGGAUUCACCUGCAGACUGAAGUGGCGUUGCGUGUUUGUCAAAGCACUUAAGCAAACAGCAAAACAAAACACCAUUCUGUGUAUCUGCCUUUUUGGGAAGGAGAAGAAAAGACAGAACUGCUCUCUCCUUAAAAGAAGGCCCUGCGUAAUACAGAAGUUCAGUCUGAUCCCUGAAAGCUGGAAUUGGUUGUGUCCUUGGCUGCUUCCAGGCUGGCUCCAGCCUCCCUCUCUCGGGGCCCCGUCAUGCCCUCUCGCAGCGAUUCCAGCUACUCACUGACUGCCCGCACGUCCCGUAGCUUCACUCACCUGCGUGUCCAGCGUUCCUGGCUGCAGAUCCUGCUCCUCCUCGGUUUCAUUCAGAUGAUCCUGGGUGUUCUGAUUGUGACGCUGAGUCUCCUGGUGACCACCAACAUGCCUUCUCAGCAUCCCAUCCGCAGCUCUUGUCCCAUCUGGGCUGGCUUUCCGCCUACCGAUAAACACCGCAUCCCUUGGGCCGCCAUAUUCAUCUCGGCUGCCAAGCCAGGGCCGUACCAAAGAGCUGGCAUUCUCCGGAGUGGUUGGCAUCGUUUCCUGGAGGCGCCCGUUCACCCCUGUGGAGUCAUGCUCAGCUUGGCCGGUUCCAUUCUCUCCUGCCAGUACGCCCAGCAGAUGAAGUCCCUGGAGGCUUGUGAGCGGCUGAGGCAACGGGAUGGUUCUUCGGACUGGAAGGAGCAGGGGUGGCGGCGCAGCCUGAGAGCCCAGUUCAACUCUCCAUACAAGAAGUGUGUUUACGCCUCCUCAGAACCCGGAUUUCCUGCCUGUGGAAAUAAUUCAGAGCCAAAUUCAAAUUGUUCCAGAGUGCUCCUUGUUCUUAAGGACCUGCUCUUCAGUGUCUGUGGCCUGACCAUUUUUGCCAUCGUGGUGUGCACCCUUUCUGCCAUCAUGUGCUGCAUACAGAUCUUUUCUUUGGAUGUCCUCCAUGCGCUCUCCCCUCCACGUUCCAGCUCCGUGACGUUGGACUGCACCUCUCCGCCAGACACGUUCUUGCAUCAUAUGCUGGACCUGGACGAGUUCGUUCCGCCAGUGCCACCGCCACCAUAUUACCCACCGGAGUACACCUGCAGCUCGGAGACCGAUGCCCAGAGCAUUACCUACAACGGCUCCAUGGACAGCCCUGUGCCUCUGUACCCCACAGACUUCCCUCCGAGUUAUGAGGCCGUCAUGGGGCUCCACGGGGACAGCCAGGUGACGCUGUUUGACUCGCAGUUCACAGACACCUCCCACGGCCCUUGCUCCUGCAACCAAGUCCCCUCUGUCGUGCUUAGUGGUGAAGCAGCUUCCAUGGACAGUGGCUCUCUAGUGAUGUCGGAAAUCGUGGACAUCCCGGGGGACAGCAGCCCAUCUGAGGACUCGUGCCUGCUGGACGUGAGCGGCUCCGCGUGCUCGGUGGACUACGUGCUGUUCCGCUCCAUCCAGCGUAGCCGGGCGGACUACUGCCUGAGCGUGGACUGUGGCCAGUGUGGCCUGCACCCUCAGGGCCCCUUUGAGGAGACGCCUCAGGUGCGCCACCGUGGGGAGCGCUCCUACUCCUGCUCGACGCCUGGCACAGGUUACGAGGGCUUGCUGGAGGCAUGCAGUGCCCAUACUCACAGCUGCCACCGCCUCGAAGGUCUCGGCCACAGCAUAGGCCCCUGCUUCCCCGAGGUGCGUGUCAAAGCCAAGACCUCUGUGCCGGGACGCAAAGGGCCAGGGCGGCGGCAGCGCCGAAGCAGUGAAGCCUCUUGCCGCCUGCCCUCCAUCCAGUGCCCCCUGCUGCGUUCUCACAGCGACCCCGGGAUCAGCAUGACCAACGAUGCUGAAGGUGAUUUCCAGGAAGUAUUCUGCACCAAAGCAUCAGAGGAUGAAGGAUCCAACUCCUCAACAGAUGCAGGGCCAUAUUCAGAGGCUGGUAUUUUGCACCCAUCACUCCGUGGGCCGCCCUCUCAGUGUCAAUUGGCAGGGAAGACCAAGCUGGAAGUGCCACAGAAGGUACCCCAGCAUCUGUCCAAGACAACCACACGCUCCCUGGGGGAUCUGAAGGUGUGCCGCGGGACACGUGGGCUCAUGGCCCGUUUUCUGCACAGAUCCAAACGCAGCCUGGUUUUGGCAGGAGUAGAAACGGCUGGGCGCAGCGGCACCCGUGGCCGCAAGCAGGUGUUGAGGAUGGGGGCUGAGCGGUGCCCCCCAGAAGGGAUCCAUCUGCAGAGCUGUGGAGACCUAAGCUCUACCUCAUCCUUGCGACGCCUCUUCUCGGGCCGUCGGCUAGAGCGAAGGCGCCCCCACAGCCUUAGCGGACUCAUCAGAGAAAGCAACCUGUAAGGCAAGGGGCCGCAGUCAGGUGUGUCUGCAGCGGGGCUUUCUGCUUCUGAAUGUGAUGGCUCCUUCGUGGUGUUGGGCUUGGACUGGAACACCCAGGCUGGUUUCCUGGAAGAACUCGGUUGUGUCUUCUCCACUCUCCCACCUCCACUGGGAAGACAGAAGGGAAAGCGGACUGCAAAGACCACCAUGAUAAUGGCAACCCUGCUGAACUGCCCUCUUUGAAGUCACGGAUGCGCCUUAGAGGACACUUGUUCCGGUUUAUGCUGGUUCCACUCCUAAACCAAAGGACAUGGUACAGUGGGGCCCCACUCCCAUGGCCUCCAGGGGUUUGUUUCCCGGGUCAGUGCACCCCAGCCAUCCUUGGGCCCGACAGUGACAGACACUUUCGCAGGUAGUCAGUCUGCAAAGUAGGAAGACCUAAGUGAAGAACGGCGCCCACCCUGACAGUUGGCACUCCUGCACGCCAGGACUCCCUGCACAGUGACUGCGCCUCACCAAGGCCCAACGCAUCUGGGUCCUUUGCACCUGUUUGCCCUGGCAAGACCUCCCGAAUAAGCUGGCGUGAGCCCUUGUGUGCCCCAUGUGCUUGUCCUCACAGGGAGUUACCCUUACCUCCAGCUGCUGCUUCCUUUCCUCCUCCCCCCAGCAUACACAAAGUGUCUCUGUGCCCGGGAACCCAGCUACCCUAGCAUUUCUGUAACUUUGCCUACUUCUGAUACCUCAUUUUAGCUGUGCCUUUGGCUUGGCUGCUUCCGCUGGCCAAGAUGCCAGGGACUGGGAGAGGGACGGUUGAAUGGCUCAGAGAGAAAAUAUGCCCGCCUGUAGUAGCUGCACAAUGUGUCAAGACUCAGACCUUGGGGCUGAGAGUAACUAGGAGGAGCUCUUAUUGGGUCAGUCCUACGGACGGUUCUUCUGUGCCAGCAUCCUGUUCCCCACUGCGGCCAAACAGAUGCUUCUAGGAAGCCCAUAAGCAGGUUAUUACAGCAAGAAGCCUGCCCAGCAACUGGUACCCAGACAGACUCCCUGAACUGGCGGCUCCAUUUAGUCAUUCUGGCUAAUGGCUAUUUAUCGGCCUCUCCUCCUCCAUGUAUUUGGUUAAUCCCCUUUUAAAUCCACCCAGAGAGCAAAGCCUGGGAGGGCAAAGGUGGAUCUUGCCACAGAGCAGGGGUGGGGUCCUGGCAAGGUAGCCCCCCCCCCUUGCUACAUUGGGCUGGGUCUAUGCUUUAAGUUUUCCAGAAUACUCCGGAAUAAAGUGUUGUGGGGCAUUGUGGGAAAAUUAAAAUGUCAGGCAGCUCCCAGAUCCAGCAUCACCGGUAUGCCCUGCUUGGAGUGCUUGGUCCCCAGCAGUGGCCCAACGAUGCCAAGUGUUGGUGCAGGACUUGGGACAGGGAAUGGCCAUCUUGCAGCUCAGGGAAAACAAGUACUAGCUGUGCAUGUUGUUGCUGCAUCAGGAGACAAAAUGAACAUCAGAUGUUCUUAACCCAACCAGAAGCCCGUCUCUCCUCUCCGCUCAAUUCUGUCCUCAUUAAGUGGACAUCUUCUUUCCUUCAGAGACUCUGAGAAGGAGACGCAAACCCCAAAGCUUCAGGCCAAGCCCCGACACUUGGCCUGCUCUUUCCUAAAAGAAGAAACAUGCCCUUUUGCAUGCACGUUCCGGGGUGCCGGAAAGUCACCCUUCUAACCAGUUUGGGUUCCAUGCUUUCCUCUUCUUUCCUUCUUCUCAGCCUGUCAUGUGACCUCACAGCCUCCUGCCCACAUUGCCCAGCUCUUUUGGACUACAGGGUGCAUGCUAUAAGAUUGAGGAUUCCCAUUCUCUUUCUCUCUUUUGUUUUGCAAUCUGGGGAGUAUGUGGGGGCCUUGGCUGGGAAGGAGGGGUUGCCAACUUCUUUGCUGUGGCAAGGCACCUAUGCUUUUUAACCACCAUAUGUCCAGCAGGCAAAAUUGAGCAGAUAAAACAUGGAAUGUUAGAGAAGCUUGACCUGUCCAAAUUUAUCCCUGCUGCAAGGAGCCAGUAAAGGCUGAGGAGCCCAGCAAGGGGGAAAACAUGGCAACCUUUGUUGAGGCACGGGAAAGGCUCGCCACCGACUGUUUGAGAUGCACAAAUAGUUAUCUGAGAAAACCAAAUAAAGCCAUAUCUAGCCAUC